AAGCCAUCACAAACACAACAAGAGGACAUCGGCCGCAGGCUACUAGAUAGUCUACUUUCGCGAACUCCUGCAAAUUCCUCGGCUUUCACUAAACUGAGAAGAUUCCAGCACCCAACAAGGAUCAUGAGCUCAUUUACCCAGAGGUCCAGCAAGCCAUAUAUGCCCUCGCGCUCCGGUGAAUGGACCGAGAUACAGGCGAUCACUGAAAAGGUUCUCCGCUUGGAGAUCGGGGAAGCAACAAAGCCAAUGGCCAUAGACAGUAGCAUCAGACCCCAUCUUCCGUCCGCAGAGGAAUGCCUUCGCAAUUUGUCAGCAGGAACGAACCAUUCUGUACCUUCAUCUUUGGCGGAAGUCUUGAUUUCGAGGAUCGAGCAGCUUCGGAAACGGAUGCUCCUCAGUUACACUGAAUCCGUAUCUCAGAUGGCAUCUUCCAGCGAGUUCACGGGUAUAGAUGAUGCGGAUGUACAGCACAAGUACAGUCGCAGCAUCGAGGUCUGGUUUGAUCGAGCUGUAGGAGAGCUUUUUGACGCUCUCUCGGCGAAAACAAAGAAUCGUCAACCCGGAUCUAGCAGUCCUACUUCUCACCCCGAAAUCCUCCAGCUAGCUUUUGACGUAAACCCUACUCCCAACGAUAAGGAAAGGGAGAUGUUGGCGUCCGCUUCAGGGUUCACGUACAAGCAGGUUACGACAUGGGUGGGUACAUCUCAUAUAUAUCGGAUUAGUUUCCAAAAUCAUCGUCAACGCGUCAAAAGUCAUCCCGUUGACCCGCAGAUUACUGCAGGAAAGACGCCUGACAAGCAGGCUUCACGGAAACCUGGAAAGCACGUCGCAUCACGUCCUGCUGCUGCUAUUCCUAGAGGGGCGACGAAGAAGUACCGCAAGAAUACGUCGAACGAUGCGCAGAGUGAAUAUGUAUCAACGCUGCCGCCAACGGGAACGAAUACCGCCACUCGCGUUACAUCGCGCUCGGGCGGCGAUAGACGACAGCAGGAAUCGGGAGGUUUCGUCGGCGGCGUAUCUGCAAAGGAAACUACAGUGCACCACGAGCGUGUUUCAUCCGGACACAGCAGCGCUGGCUGGUCUUUGUCGGACGCGAUCGUUCCGCCGAACAGAGAGAUCAGACCUCUUAGGCGACUCCCCGCAACCAGGAAACUCCCCUCGGCUGCAACGAACCUCACCCCCGCAAAUCCGACACUCGUGGGAAUCCCAGAAAACAACGCCAACAUGACUUCGCCGGCGGAAGAUGCUGGCUUAUCGUCGGUGGCCACGGGGACGUCAUUUGAGCGUGAGAGAAUACCCAGUCUGACACGCAGCGUAUCCUCUGCCUCCACGGUUAGUGUGGGGGAGUUCCCACAACCACACGACGAGCCGCUCUUCGCGCAUCAUCCGCAAACACUUCCUUCGAGAGGAGCUAUGAUAGCACAGCCGAGAGAUAGUCAGAUUGGUCGUCAGGAGGAUGUCUCGUUCGCUACGCCAGCGAAGACGUCACAUGGCGAACGGAAGGAAUUGCUCACUCACGCGCCGUUUCAGCCGUUGGCCGCUGUCCAAGCGCCGAUGUAUCGCCAUCCGAUGCCCAACACGCAAAUCCAGGAUGCCCAUCAGCACCACACGCUUCCUUCGGUCUCGACAAUGGUUCCUCCUGGCGCAUCACCAGUUCAGCCCAACCUCUACCAGAUGAUGAGGGACGAAGCGGGUAACCAGUUCCUCGUCCAGGUUAACAGUAUCAUCCCGAUGCCGGUCCAGCCGUCGUACUUGCCUUACCAACAACCUCCGUACGCCCGCUACGACCAGCACGAGCAGGACCUCCGGGCGGUCUCUUACGCUACGCAAGCGAUUCCUGAUGAGAACCGGUUUGAGAAGAUCGAGACCCCUCCUCCUUCGAUACCCAGUCAGGCCGGAACACGAUUAUCUUCCCCGGAAACUUCGGUCGAGCAGACUCCUUCGCCUUACCUGACCCCGGAGAUGCAGGUGAAGCGUACGGCGACGCUGGCAACGAGCAUCGUCGGUUAUACGGGACUCGAACCCAACAUCCCGCACGGACCCAGUCAGACUCUCGCAUCACCUGCCGAGAUCGCUACUCCCGCCUCGAAUCGUACUCAAACCCAGGCACUCCCCACAGCUGAAGCCUUCCUGAACGAGCAUUUCCCCUCUGGAGAAUCACAAACCGUUCCAGCACUCUCGGUGGACGGGGUGUCGUUCUCCUUUGCAGAGCUCGAGGCGGGGAACUUUGUGCUGGAUGAAGGGACGUUGAGGGAUAUGGAGGCUUUGUUGGGGAUGGAGCCUGUUGUCGCGGCUGAACCUGUCGUCGACCUUAACGGCAACGUUAAGGACACUCCUCAAGGGCAAGCUGAAGAGAAGAACAAGAAGAACGAAGGAAAUCAAACGCAAGCGCGGGGGCAGGAGGAAUACUUGCCUGAUACUACGGGGACACCAGGGUCGGAGAACUCGGAUGCGACUGUCGAAGUCGUCUUCGGGCAGAACGUUUCGAGCCAGGGAUCUUACGGUUCUGCGACCUCAAUCGCUCCCGCUCAGAUCCACACUGCAGGCCCGAUGCACGCUGCGACUCCCGUUUACGAUCUCAACGGAUUCCAUCCCCCGGGCAAGACCGGACAGGGGAUACCGACUAUGGGUUAUGCACCUGAGCAAGUCUCCAUGCCCUACCCUCCUUCGGUCCCGAUGUCGCAGACGAGGUCAAGCGAGACGAUCUCUCCUUCCGACAUCCAACUUCCAGAUCCCCAUCGCCAAAUAGACGCGCCGAUCCAGGUCCAGCAUCACCCUCCUGCUCAGGACCAGUACGUCUAUGCGCAACCGCACUCGCAGGUCUAUAGCAUGCAGGAGCAACCUCUGCCGCAACCGCAACCAUUGGGAGGAUGGAAGUACGAGUGGGAGUUUGGGGUCUUGCCCUUUGAGACGAUGCCUGCUGGGGAGAUGUGGACGUAUUGAGCGGGAUAGGUACGAAGGAGGGGAGAUACUGUAAGUUCCGGUUCGUCUGCUCUUGUAGGUUGUUCGGACGGUCCGGACUGA